CUGACUACGACCGCCGGCCAGGUCCAGUCAGGUUUCUAGACAUAAUGGCAACGUUACAAAGUUGAACGGUGACUCACCCAACACAUUUCACUGCUUGAAACAUUUUUCGCUCCUCUCCUUUCGUAUCCUGUGCUCUCAUCUUUGCCUGGUGUCUGCUCUUUUCCUGUACCACUAGCCACAGCCUCGAGGACUUGGGACUUGGAUUUCAACGUUGCACGACCUCGUUUGGACGGAGACUAGAGUCACGACUCCACCGCUCUUUUCACCACUCAUCGCCACCGUUGUCUUGUGUCGGGCUCCUCUCUGCUUGCAUCAGUGACUUCAGGGUGAUCCUCCUUUGUCAGAGACUGGACGGCCGGUCUGCAUUCGAGUCCAGCAUACCUUGAUUUCCGCCGCAGUUUAACCACCUUCCUCCCAACUCUCCCUGAUGGCCACUAAAGCCGAUCGAUUCGACGCUGAGAAAGCGCAAAUCCAACCAUUACCUCAGCCGACUACCACCGUGUCCGGCUACCAUGCGUCCGACCACGACAGACCUGCUGAUCUGUCCUUGUCCGCCCGGUUGUCCGCGCGCCUUCGAUCCUUCGAGCAUGUUCUGCUCAAGUACAACAUCGAGACCCGUGGGAUACAACGAGUGGAGGAUCACGAAAAACAACAUAUGUCGUGGUUUACCUACCUUCAAGUUUUUGUGCUCUGGACGUCGAUAAAUCUGGCCAUAAACAACGUAACGUUGGGCAUGCUGGGCCCGGCUGUGUACGAGCUUUCCUAUACAGACUCGUCACUCUGCGCAGCUCUGGGUGCUCUCUUGGGCUCCCUGCCUGUGGCUUGGAUUGCAACAUGGGGACCACUUUCCGGGAUCCGGACAAUGGUAUGGGGAAGAUACGCCAUGGGUUGGUACCCCAGCAAGCUGAUCGUCAUUCUGAACAUCAUCGUCAUGCUAGGCUACUCUCUUCUGGUGUCCAUUAUUGCUGGGCAGGUGCUCUCAGCAGUUUCCCCGAAUGGAUCCAUGUCCGUGGUUGUUGGUAUUGUGAUCGUGGCUGUCAUCACUUGGGCGGUGACGACUUUUGGAAUUGCCGUUUUCCACUACUACGAGCGGUUUGCCUGGCUGCCCCAGCUGAUCGUUUUCUCCAUUUUGUAUGGCGUGGCGGCUAAGCACUUCGACACCUCAACUCCCAGUGUGGGAGACAGUCGUACGGUCACCGGCAAUCGGCUAUCCUUCUUCUCAAUUUGCGUAUCUGCUGCCAUUACGUACUCAGGUCUCGGUAUGGACUUCUUUGUCUACUGGCCGACCACGGCUUCACGACCCUUGAUUUUCAUUAUGACUUUACUGGGCCUCACACUUUCCUUCACCUUUGCCUUUGUGCUGGGAGCAGGGGUAGCUUCAGGCAUUUACAAGUCAGACGCAUACAUGAAUGCUUGGACCAAUUCACAGGGUGGAUCGGGGUCAGGAGCUUUACUGGUCGAAGCCUAUUCUCCCUUGGGCACUUUUGGCAAGUUCUGUGCUGUCAUCGCUGCAUUGGGCGGCAUUGCAAACAUGAUUCCACCGACGUAUUCGUCCGGGGUCGACUUUCAGAUGCUCAAUCGAUACUUUGACAGGGUCCCCAGAGUCAUCUGGAACACCCUUGGUGCCGUCAUCUACACAGUUUGCGCUUUGGCCGGGCGCAACAAUCUCGGCGUAAUCUUUACUAAUUUUCUAGCGUUAAUGGGGUAUUGGGUCGCCAUAUGGGUGGCGAUUUUACUCGAAGAGUUCCUCAUCUUCCGGAAAGCAAAGUCAUCUAAUUAUGACUGGCACGUGUGGAAUCACAGAGGAAAGCUUCCAGUCGGGGUUGCAGCACUUGUGGCAUUUCUAAUCGGCUGGGCAGGCGCGAUUCUUUGCAUGGCCCAGGUCUGGUACACUGGCCCAAUUUCUAGACUGGUCGGUGAUCAUGGCGCCGACAUGGGCAACUACGUCGGGUUUUCCUGGGCAGCAUUGGUCUACCCGCCCCUACGUUGGUUUGAGCGGAAACGCUUUGGAAGAUAG